AUGUCUUCUAGUAAUAUCGGACGGUCCAAGGCUGCCAAGCAGGCUGAAAACAAGCAGAACAUCAGGACGCUUGAGAGAUAUCUGGAGACUGCCAUUAUUGGUAUCCAAGAGUCCGGUAUUCAGCUUGACUAUUCGGCCAUGGGAAGAUACUUUGGUAUCACACCCCAGGCAGCCAGUCUACGUUAUUACCGGGCCAGAAACUACGUGAACGAUAGUAUUAAGACUCACAAGGACACCGAGGAAGAGCCCAAAAACACUGAGACCAAGGGGAAUGACUAG